UCUGAAGACCGACUCAGCUGGUCGCCAACUUUUGCCUUUCUUCUCCAUCAUCGCCUCGCCCCUCCAUUCCUCCCCCCACUAGCCUUUUUCCGGCCGACCUGCUUCAACAACAGAUGGGCCAUCUUUUCCUGCUCCUACUAGCUCUCCUCCUCACUGCCUCCGCGCACGCUUCCACCCACGGCCAUGGCAAAGCUGCUUUCGCUGAGGACAAGAGCAUCGUAGGCGUCAUAGGCGUGAUCGGGUCGAGGCCGCCGAGCUGCGCGGGGAGGUGCAGGUCCUGCGGCCACUGCGAGGCGGUGCAGGUGCCCAUAUCCCCUCAGGAGCUGCAGAAGAAGAAGAAGCUCGGCCAUGGCAGCCGGGCUGCUGCCGCUGCUGCUGCCGCCGCCGCCGCCACCGGUGGAAGAACGAUGCCGGCCUCCUACGACGACCACUCCAACUACAAGCCGCUGAGCUGGAGAUGCAAGUGUGGGCGGCUCAUCUUGGACCCUUGAAACGUACUGCCCCCAUUGUAAGGAGCAAGCAAAACCAAGCAAUCUUGUGGAUAUAAUGUAAUAGUAUAGGAUCGAUCUCGGAGCUGGUGGUAAUUUGUUCUCCACUUCCUCGUAUGGUCGAGGUCUGUUCUCCCUUUUGCAACGCUGUGUUCAUUAGCGGUGACCACUGGAGAAAUCGAGUGCUCAACUCCCCCUUCGUAA